CUACUCUCUCUGGCCAAGUACAACCAGCACCGUAUCAAUGAGAUGGACUGUUACCACGGUUACUCCAUGAUACACCAAGUCCUCAUCAAGUCCAAGUGCAUCGUGGGAUACCAUAUUCUCAAGACCUUGUUAGAUGGGAGCUGUAGUAGUCCUAUCCUAACUCUAGGGGAAGACGGUCAGUUCCACCUGGACACAGAGUCUACAGCCGUGGUCCAGGACAUCAAGCUACUGUCUGAGGUUCUGCUGGACUGGAAGAUCUGGGCCAAGGCUCAGGGUGGUGUCUGGGAGACUCUGCUGGCAGCGCUAGAGAUCCUCAUCAGGGUUCACCACCCCCAGCAGGUGUUCAACAUCAGACAGUUUCUUCAAAGCCGAGGUGGUCCACCACUUCCUGCUCACCUGUCAAGUACUACAGGAGCAUCGGGACGAGCACCUGACCUCCAUCCCACAGGAAGUGUGUCUGUCUUUCGUUAAGAUCAUCCAGGAAGUGUUGGGUUCACCUCCGGACCUAGACCUCCUCCGAUUGGUCUACAACUUCCUCCUCGCCGUGCACCCGCCCACUAACACCUACGUCUGUCAUACGCCUACAAGCUUCUACUUCUCACUUCAUAUAGAUGGUAAGCUGUACCAGGAGAAAGUCCAGUCCAUAAUGUAUAUGAGAAAUAUCAACAGUGGAUGGAAGUCAGCUGGUAGCUCAGCGGCCUCUCUCUCCACGGCUGUCUUCACUGAGGACCCUCUUCCUGAAGGUACCAUCCACCUUCAGCCUCCGUCACCUGAACACGGAGGAGACGACCAGUCCCUGUCCCUCCGACCCGCCAACCUGACGCCCUCGCCCAACUCCUCCCCGUUGCUCAGGCCCUGUGUGGGUCAUGGAGGGGCUGGGAGCCCAAGGGAGGGCCAGGAGGGAGAGGGGGUGAUUCUGGGAAGCACAGAGACUCUAAAGAGAGGAGGAGGAGGAGGAGGAGGGGUUGGGGAGGAACAGCUUCUGUCGAGCUGUGAGUCGGCGAAAACCAUCUGUGACUCCCGAGAGGGAGGAGAGGCACCACAUACCCCGUCCAUCAGUAUCGAGGAGGUGGAGGGGAGGGGGGAGGUAGAUGGGGAGGAGGGGGUGGAGGAGAGGGGGGAGGUGGAUAGUCUGGUUGAGGGCAGCGUGGGCGGUGCCGAAUCUGAGGACCGUUUUGAUUGGGCGAGCGAUGAGGUGCCACAGAGGCCGGACAGUCUGAAGGGGAUCACAUCGUUUCAGAGGAGCUCCUCUAACCUGGCCAGCCUGGGCCUGGCCUUCCCUGCCCAGAAUGGGAGCCUGGCCCUGGGUCGCUGGCCCAGCGUGGCCGACCGUGGGACGCUACCAGAAGACUGGGAGAGCUACUCAUACUCCCCUGGAUACGAGAGGGCCUACAGCAAAGACUCUAGUAACGACAGGACCAGUACAGAGGACUGCCUUGGUGUUAAUAUGCUAUGGUCUAUAUGACCUGUUGAGAGGGUUCUGCUACUACUACCGGACCU